AAUUCGAAUCGAUAGUGUAGCGCUGGGAAAUCAGACACGGCCGAUUUGCUUUGCGAAUAUCCAUCUUGUGUUAGUGAACGGCGUGUGCUACAGACUGCUUUGCCGAUUGCAAAACGUGAUCGGGAAACAGUUUGCCAGAAUAUACCCUGACCGAUCAUGACGGCUCAUUUAGUGAUCUUCACUCUUCCGGUACUGUUUUUCGCAGCAGACUGAGGAGGAUAUUCAUCAGCAUCAGCAGUGUGUUUGGUGCUGAUGAUUUGAGAUUGUUAGUGAUGGAGGGAGAUCCUGUGACUCUAGACAUCAAUCCUGAUGAUAUCCAGAACGCUACUGAUCUUCUGUGGUUAUACAACGGUGAAGCAAAACUCAUUGGAAAGAUUGACAGAGAACGAGAUACAAGCUCAAUUCCUGGAAACGAUGAUGAGCGGUUCAGAGGCAGACUGAAGCUGGAUCCCCAGAACGGAUCUCUCACCAUCAGUGACGUCAGAAUCACAGACUCUGGACUUUAUAAACUUGAGAUGAGCAGCAAAUUUGGGACUCCAUACAUGACCUUCAAUGUUACUGUCAGAGCAAAGAACGAAACUACAGCAGCAACAUCUCCAGCAGCCCCCUCAACAUCAGCUGCUCCUACUGUUCCAGAAUCCUGUCAGAGGUCACACUGGAAGAUAACUGGUCCAUUGUUAAAGGUGCUGGUGCUGGUGCUGGGGCUGGUGCUGGUGCUGGUGGUUUGUUGGAUUAUAUAAAAGAUCUUCAGGAACUGUAAGUAACGCAUUCAAUGACUUGAAUACGUGUGAUUAUUAAGAGCAGAAUAAUAUCUGUGUUUAGAUUCAGCACUGCUAACAGAUGUGUGUCUUUGUGUGUUUGUCAGGUGAUGGCAUGUUAUAACAUGACCUGAGUCCCUUAUAAUAGUCAAUUUGAUCACGGUGAAUUCGCCGUGUGACAUGAAACACGCCUUGUUCUGUAAAGUGGAUUUACUCACCAAAGGUGUUCACGCUGUCAUCCCCGUGAAGGGCUGUGACAAUGGACAAAUCAACCGCGGUGGUUGAGAAAUAUAUAUGUUUUAUAUAAUUAAUAUUUAUGUUAUUAUAUUUGCGUGUAGCAACCAUAUGACGAGCAGAAGAGAAAUAUUUAAAAAUAAAUAUAUACAUAUAAAUAUAACUUAUUUAAAUACUCGAAAUUGUUAAAUAGUUAGAUACUUGAAAUAUGAUAUCUGAAAUCGAGGAUGAAACAUCCGUCAAUGUUUAAGGUGCAAAUCCAUCAGUGAAAUGGCACAAAGCAUAUAAAACAUUUAAAUAAACAUCAGUAAAUAAUGAAAACAUGAAACAUGCCUUGAGCUGUAAAGUGGAUUUACACACCAAAGCUGUGCACGGUGUCUUCGCCGAAACAAACCUUGAGCGCAUGGAAGUGCAUGGACAUUUUGCCUGCAUUGAAGUUCUGCAUGUGCAGUGAUGGAUCUAGAUGUUUCUAGAUAUAAAAGUGUGUGUUUGAGUUCUUCAGGUGUUUUGUUACUGAUGUUGUCAGAUUUUCAGUGAUGGAGGGAGAUUCUAAUGCAAUUAAUCCUAAUGAAAUACAGAAAGAGUAAAGACAUGCUUUUGUUUCUUCUUUUAUUUUAUGUAUGUCAUUUAUAACAUUAUUCCAUUUAUUUUCAUUUCCAUUAUAUAAUUACUAUCCUAUACUAAGUUAAGCAUUUAUAACAUUUUAUUCAUCAUAUAUUCAUUCAUCGUAUAUAUUCAUUUAUUUUAUCAUUUUAUUAUUCACUUUUAUUCUUAUUAUUUUUAAUAUUGUUCAACCUUGUUGGGAGUUGUAUUUUGUCUUAUGCUGAUAUGAGUAUCCAUUGGUCUUCAUCUCAAGGUUCAUAAUAACAUCACGAGACAAUGUUUUGAUACUGUAAUCUUGAAUGGUUAACAACACAUUGAAUCUGUUUCUAGUCAGACCAAGUUUGACAGAGUUUG